AUGGAUCAACAAAAGGCAUCAUCAGCAAAAGCAAAGAACACACUCUUGAAGUUUCUACCAAGAGCAACAUCAUCGGUUACGUUUCAAAACCCUCCGAUUUACAGUCCGGCGAAAGACAAGAGAUCAUCGGAAAAAACCCAUAAAUCCAAUCUCGGAAUUGGCUUCUCCGGUCCCAUGGUUUCCAUGAUUCCGGCUGAUACUCGCCGGAAAAUCAAGAACAAUUCAGAUUACACCAUCGUCUACGAACCCACAUCCCCAAGAGUUUCAUGCAUGGGUCAAGUCAAGUGCAAGCAUCAAAAAGAAAAAAUACAACGCCGCCAUGGGAACGGCGUAGACGGCAACAAACCAACUAACUCUGUAAAAGUAAAACCCACAGAUAAAGCUUCACGAACAACGUCUUUCACGCCGGCGAGGACAUAUAGCGUCGAGGAUGAUGAAGAUUCAUCGAAAACUGAUAAGAGCAAGAAAAAGUUAGGGUUUAAGAAAAUAUUUGCUGGGAUUUCGAUUACCCCCGGCAGUAGUAGAAGAAAAUCAGAUCUUGAUGAUAAAAGGUCAAAGGCUCCAUUGUAUCUUGACAAAACUCCAAGUUUGAGCUCGAUGAAGCGGUUUUCUAGUGGUCGGGGUAAGCUUUCGAAUAUUGAUUGGACAAAAUUAGAGGCUGCAGCCAUGGAUUCCGGUGGUCGGAGUUAUUAUUCCGAUGAAGAAAGUGAUGAUGAAGAGAUUAAAAUCCCUUCUUCUGCUCCAGUGGUGAUGAGAAAUCAAGGGUUUGAUGAUAAAUUCAUUACAGUAGUUGCAGGUUUAAAUUUGGAGCCAAGAAAGGAAAUUAAUCUUCAUAUAAAAAGGCUUUCAAUGAGUUUUAUGUUUUCGUCGCCCAAUAGUUCGACCACCUUCUCCGCCGCAGACUUGCCAUUUUUAGUAUCCUCCGCCGUUGGAAGUACGCCGGAAGUGCAACGGCACCACCAACUUAUUACCUUCGUCAAUUUCUCCGGCGUGAGAAAACGCCAUUGCACUUCCUUUAAUCACAUUUUACAGAGCAAAAAAAUAAAAUAA